GUCCCGCUGACUUGACCAGCGAGCUAUGUUUUGUCGCAACAUAAACACCACUCAAAUAUAGAUGAAUAUUUGUCAUAGCUGGUAGAAAUGAUGGCAAAAUCGCCAAACGGGAGGGGGUCGCAACGGACAGUUUGGCUGGUUCUCUUGGGAGGACAAGCACUGGUGGCCGUGGCGAUCGUUCUCUUAGUCCGUAACCGCCCAGGGUCAUCUCAAGUCCAGCCAAUCGACGGCCUGGGCGGGCUGGCGCACGACCGCGAUGCUCUGCUGCACGAAGCGGACAUGCUGCAACGGCGGAUACACGACUGGCGCCGGCGAGCCACGGCCGCGGACGUGCACGUCGACUUAGACCUUGGCCAGGAUAAUGCCGGUGCCGGCUCGGCCGGCGCGCGCUUCCGUGGCGACCUUGGUGACGGGACCGCAGCCAGCGCCACAGUCGGCAGUAGCAACAGCCUGGCCGUCGGCGGGGGCGGGUCGGCUUCCUCGGGGGCGGAGGCCGGCAGUAGCAGCGGCACGUGUGACCCCAACGGCCACCCCGUAACUACCGUGGCGCCCAUCGACCCGCAAUACCUGAUGCGGCCGGCUGCGGAGGUGGAGGCUGAGAACCCCGAGUUUGCGGCGCUGCUGAAGAAGCACUCCAACGACAAGCAGGAGAUCAUGUUGGGUCUUGCCAAUGCGGUGAUGAUCUGCCAGAACGCCACGGUGUGCUGGUGGAACGGCGGCAACAUCCUGGAGUCCUUCCUGGAGAUCCUGGAGCGGUCCAACAUCAGCAACCACCUGAUCGGGGUCACGGAUGAAGAGACCGGCGGCUACCUGACGGAGCGCGCUCACAAAAAGGGCCCGGGCGCCUUCGCCAUCAACUGGUUCACGCCCAACGUCAAAAUCCCGGAGAGCCAGGCCAACACGCGCGAGGCCAACCGGGUGUCCUCCCUCAAGUUCAGCCUGCUGCAGACCUCGCUGCAGCUGGGCUACCACACCAUGAUCACAGACAUGGACCUGGUGUACCUGUCCGACCCCUUCGACGCGCUCAAGCGGGACGCCGACAUCGAGUCCAGCUCCGACGGCUUCGACGCCAUGGCGUACGGCGCCAUGACCUCCAUCAGCGACGCCACCAUGGGCUGGGGAGGGGGCGGGCUGUACAUGCAGACCUUCACCAUCAACGUGGGCUGCGCCUUCAUCCGCGCCACCCACCGCGCCUUCGCUGUGGUGAAGCGGGCCGCCGACGAGCUGGCGGCGCAGCCCGGCUGGGACCAGCAGGUGUUCAACACACACCUGCUGACUCAGUCGCACGGCCCCUACGCCUCGCCCUACGCCACCCUGCGCGUCAUGGACAUCGACAAGUUCGUCAACAGCAAGAGGUUCUUCAGGUCCAACCGUGCCGCCUACAUCCCCGGCGCCGACGCCACCGCCCCCGUGCCCGUCAUGGUGCACUUCAACUACCACCCCGACAAGCACGCGCGCAUGGUGUGCAUCAUGGACCGGUACUUCCGCGGCAAGGUGGACGCCUGCGACAAGUUCCCCGGCGGCUCCGAGCCCGGCACCCGCUAGCGCCGCGGUGGCUAAUGGUGCUGGUGCUGCUACGUGAUGGUGCUGCUAAGGCUUGUGCUGCUAAGGCUUGUGCUGCUAGGGCUUGUGCUGUCAGCGCUGCUGCUAGCGCGUGUGCCGCUGCGGCCGGAGGUGUAUAGAUACUGCAGUGCUAGGAGACUGAUGGGAAAGUGGCAGUGGUGCAAGGUAGUGUGACGAGACCGCCAGGCUCAAUACCGUAGACAGGAAUGUCACACAGACAUUCAUGGCUUUUGACAUUUAUGACUUGUUCCACAUGCGUAUCGCAUGGUCAGGAAGUGACCUUGGUGAAGAACUUCGGAGGUUGCACCUUUGGUUGGCUGGCGCGCUGCGGGACCCACACGGUGUACGGUCGUAGGACAGUCGGCGGAAGACACAUCUAGGUGCCCCAGGGCGUGUUCCGCGGGACUAUGCACCGAAUGCGGCCUAGAAGUAUCGUACAGCGCUCCGCCUACCGUAUGCAUGGCUUGGUGGCCAUGACCAACAAAAGGAUACCCCCAGCGGCUGGGGGGCUUGGUGCGGACGGGGAGGGGAGUACAUGACACGAUACGGCCACGUGUGCCACUGCGUGCUGCGCAUCGGGGCGAGGCCGUGCGGUGCGUGCGAUGUGAACAGUUGACACCCCCGAUGAACAAUCCCAACGUGUCCUGGCAAUCCUCCGUGCUGCGUUGUCUUUGCUGCUGGCUGGUGUGUACAUGCGGCGCAGGCCCGCCGCUGGGGCGCUGGGCGCGGAGGGAUACCGGUACGCGGGGCCACUGGGCCG